AUGGGCGCGACAACAUACGUGCCAAUCGAGCCUCGAAAGCUCCGAUACACGGGAGAUGCCAUGACUGCCUUCAAGGUUGUUAGAGGCACUGAGAAGAAGAUUCACAACUGUCCUCAUUGUACAAUCAGCGGCUCCCAUUUCUGUAAUCUCUGGGAUAACAUGGAGGGCAAGAGAGUUUGGGUUGUGAAAGAAAAAGCCAACAAGCCUCCUGUAGACGUGGCUGCCGGGCAGCACACCGGCGGUCGAUAUGCAUUGACAUCAGCCUUAUCACCUCGUAUCCGUAUUGUUAUGCAAAAACAUCGACCCAAUGAAAGUGUAUUGGAUGCUGUCACGACAUUUUCUACAGAUUUUCAUGCCGCCGUCAACGAGGAACGAAAGCAGAGUUCGGGUCUACACGACAUUGAUCUGAUCGAGGACACAUAUCAGAUUGCACUGGAAGUCGGCGCUGAAAUUCUCAUGGCCGCAGACACCACCGAAACCCCAAUCGAUAUACAACCAGAAUUCCAUUCAUCGCGUGCUGGUUCCGACGACCAUCUUUCUUCCUGGGGUCGUUUACUUACUGCUUUAGAAUGCGAUCCUCCAAUUAUCGCACUCUUGUCUAUUUAUUUGAUGUUUUGCCAGUCAUUCACAUUCGAACCUAAUCCAACCCAGGCAGACUACGUGUAUGCCGCUUUGACUGCAGUUGAUUGGGUAAAGGGAAACAAUGAGUAUAGCAAACGUGUCGAGAAGUUCAUAAAGCUGGCUCACGCCGCUGUGCCCAGUUUAGACGAUGUCAAGAGUGGACAAGACCGCUCUUUCUGGCGCAUUUCGCAUCAAUAUCUUAUAGCCAUCAACGAAUUUGAGAACUCCCGCCCCUUUAAAGCGCCUCGAAAAGCGCACAUCGACCACAAUGUCAAGCCCGAGCUUGUUAUUGCAAUGCGUGCUCUAGAUACCAUCGGUUCGGCAUAUAUGCGUUGUGAUGGAGCUGCUUGGUUGGACGACGCCGGCAUGGAUGCCCUUAUUGGAUCGGCCCUGCCAAACGACGCCAUGGAUUUGCAUACUGACAUUCUCACUGGAGAAACUAGGAAUACGAUACGUUUGAUUUACCCGGACGGUCUCACAAUGGAUCAGGCAAUGAAGACCAUGUCCACCUACUUCUCGGGUCAGCUGUGUGAGCUCUUCCGUGACCAUGAGCGAGCGCGUUUUGGUCGUCGCGAAGAUGGGAGAAUUGCGGCGUCGUCUGCCCCGUACAGUCUCUGUCGUGCCCGUCACCGUCGCGUCUUUGAAAUUAUGGAACUUUAUAUCAACAAGUACGGUGACCAAUUCUGGGAAUGGACCUGGGAGAUCCUGCGCAUGGCAAAGGAGCAAGUUACCGAAGCAGGGCUCAAGGAACCUCUUUUCUGCGCGCUUCUCCGAUCUGCGCGGCAGGACGAUCUGCCUGAGUCCCCCAUCUCAAAAUUCUUUGACGCUUACUACGAAAUGAUUGAAGACGGAUCAGCGCAGAUGCAGAAAACUACGCCUCUCGGCGUCAGUAAGGAUCUUGCAGAAGUUACCCGCAAGAUUCAUACUUUGUGGCACGGCGAGCUGUUGAGAGACAUGAAAGAGCCGGGUUGGGGACGCCGUUUUGAUGCUGAAUCUGAUCGACUCUUUGGCGAGGCUGCUACGAUUCUAGAAAAGAAUGGGAAUGUUGACGGUAUGUACAAAUUUGCGAUUGCUUAUGGACGUUUGAGCAAUGGUCUGCCUUAUCUUGCUUAUCAUACUAUUGAUGCUAUUAUUUUGGCUGACGGCAUUCUUUAA